UCUAUGGCCACAAAUCCUCCCUUCCAAAAUGACUUUCGGGAGUUAUGCGCUCCUCCCUAGCUCGAGUUUGACGCAAAAAAAAAAGACUCAACCGUGAUAAUGACAUGAGUUCUAAUGGGGAAGUCUCGCUUUCACUGGCUGUGCUUCCCUUUUCUAAAACUGUCCAGCAACUUUUGGAGGUGUCCUCUUUCAAAAAGAAGUUUGAUAAUUGCGUCUGUAUGUGUGGUUUAUUUGUUUUUCGUGGUUUCACAAGUUGGAUACUCACAGCAGCACCGGGGCAGAAGGAUCGAUAAGGGCAAGAACCGGCACGCCCGUGGAUUGUAUCAUUUGGAGACUAACGGUGCGCUGCCAGACUCCGCUGACCUGCAGACCGGUGCGAGCUUUGUGUUCCCGACCCGGUCCAACGUGGUGUACAUAACGCUUAAGUCCAAGCGUCUCAAACCAGCUCAUAUCCGAGGUACAAUCCGACCAAAGCUGAGGAGAAAAGUGAGAAGAAAUAAGACAGACAAUCCGUCUUUUACGCAGAACAAACUUGGCACUUUGGAGCGAGACACCGGCCAGAUUAAGCACAGCUUUCUACCCAGGACGUCCUGGAAAGAAACCGGGGAUGUUGAUUAUAAAUCAUUGGAUAUAGCUCAGAAAUCUCAUGAAGAUGCAGAAACAGACUCUCAGAUUAGUUCAAUCAGAAUUUACAGCCAAAUGGUACCGCCAUGGUUCAGCGCGCAGGACGUGAAAACCAUGCGCUUUCUUGCGGAUGCUAAAGUUUUACGCAUGAGAGAAGUCUCUUGUGGAGACAAUCCAUCACUUCUGAUAUUUGAGGGUGAGACAAACGUUCCACCAGUCAACCAAAAACACACAAAAAAGAUCAACGUGUGCGGAGGGCAGUGUGGAGUCAUCCACAGCCCCGUGGAUAACACGGAGGUAUUUGCUUUCCAUUUGGACAGGGUGCUGGGGCUCAAUCGGACACUGCCAGCUGUAAGCAGAAAGUUCAGCUUUUUACACGAUGGCCUGUCCUGUCCAGUGGUAUCAUGGGAUGCAUCUCUGUACCCAGAAGGCCUUGCUGCGGGCUGGGCCACUGUGAGGAUGACCUGGGGGGAGUACCAGAGCUCCCUGAAACAGAGGUGUUGGCAUAAAAACAUCAUCCCAAAGCCUGACUCUGGCUGCUCCACAAUUCACCACUACGAGUGGAGCAAACUAGCUCUGUUUGACUUCUUGUUGCAGAUCCACAACCGUCUGGAUGGGGGCUGCUGUGGCUUCAGGCCUCGGCUGGAGGACGAGUGUGUUGAACUGGGCCUCCACGCAGGAUGUGGGGACCAAAACCACAUGCAACUGGAAAACAUCAUCCACAGGGGUCACGACAACAGACACCUGGUCUUCGCUAACAAUAAAGGAUUCUUCGACCGCAAUGAGGACAACUUGGACUUCCGGCUGUUGGAGGGAAUCAAGGAGCUUCCAGAGCAGGCCGUGUCUGUGAUGAGGAGCAGGAAGCUGAGGGAGAAACUCCUCCAGUCCCUGUUCCUGGACCAGACGUACUGGGAGAGCCAGGGCGGCCGACAGGGCAUCGAUAAGCUGAUCGACGUCAUCGAGAGGCGAGCCAGAGUCCUCCUCACCUACAUCAAUGCCCACGGAAUCAAAGUCAUUACAAUGAACAUGUGAUGAGACUCGCACUAAUCAAGGGGUCACAUUAGUGAGACACGGACAAAGUAGAUUAAUGGAUUUAACCCUGUGACUUCACCAUGUUCUGUAAAACUGUUCUUUAACACUAAAGCUUUAUCCUCUUUUUUUUCAAAGUAAUCAGGGUAAAAGUAUCCUAACAUGUCUAAAACUGACACAUUCAAUGUAAUUUAUGCCUAUUUUUCCACUUAAAUCACAAGAACAAGAGAGAAUAUGCUGUCAUGUAGGAAUCAGAAAAAGAAACAAAAUCUGUAUUUAUCUCUUUUUCUUUAUAUUUAUAAGAAAUAUAUUGUUGUCAAUGCAGGGCCUAUUGCUGUGUUGUUAAUAACUCUGUAAAUGCAAGUCAUCUAUUCCCAUUUGCCAAAAACCCACUGAGACUGUUUUUUGUGUGGGAUACCAAGAGAGACUUUAACUGAUUCUGACAUUUACAAAGAGUGAAAAUUUACGGAAACUAAUUAGGUUCACUUCCUUCUUUUGAGUCUUCAUUUGUUUCUUCUCCAGAGGCCAACGGGCUGCCAUCGUUAUGAAAAGAAUAUGCUGUAGUUAUCGCUUUUGUUCCUCCCGAGGCCUUCCAGCAGGUGUAAUUUGCAUUUUGUAUGAAUGGAAUGCUCUAAAUCGUAAGUCAUGUUCUUCUCUGCUGCCUGUGGGCAGUAAGUAAUUAGAGCUUGGUAAAGAGUCUUUGUGUAGUGAACAAGCCACAACCCACAUCUAGUCAGGUCGUCUGGGGUCACGCAAUUUACACUGCACCAAGAAAAGUAUGUAAUUUGACAUACCUUGUGUGCCUUGGAGCUUCACCUCACCUAUAAUUUUAUGUUUUUAAGAAUCAGUACAACAAGUAUCAUGAGCAUUAUAAAUAAAGAUACAUGUUUGGCCAACAUGUGGGCACAAUGUUUGCACAUUUACAAAUGAAGAGCUUUAAGAUGAGAAGUGACGCAGUGUUAUUCUCUUUAAUAUGCACUCUUAGUUUUAAUUUGACAGCAGAAACAUUUUAACUGUGGCCACUUUCACUGGCUUAUUUAUUUUUGUACCUUCUUUUUGCCAAAGAAGUGUGAACGUGCUGUUGUCAAUAAAAGCAUUUAUCUCUCAGA